AAAAAAAUUAACGCAGUUGUAAGAAAAUAAUCAAACUUGCCUCAGGAAAUGGUAUAUACCGCGUCUUUAUUUGCGAUGUAGGAAUGAUGUUAGGGCUUGCGGGGAUCCAUAGAGGUUUUGUCAGGGGAAGAGAUAACACUCUAAAAUUCUUAAGGCGCAAGGAUUCCAAAGUGAGGCGGAAGGUGAAGCCGAUGAAUUCGGAGGGCAGUAGUCACCGAUCACACUCAAUCUUGUCGUGGUUCGUCACUGUUCAUCAUCACGAAACUUCCGCUUUGAUAUCAUCCGCAUCCACUUUCUUCUUCAUUCUGAGUGCAUAUUUCGUAGUUCUUCCAUUACGUGAUGAUGGCGCAAUAUCCUUGGGGUUAGGAAAUCUACCAGGCCCUGGCCUUGAUACACAGGUUCUUUGCUGUUUCUCUUAUAGUAUUCUUCGCUCUGUGGAUCUCAUCUACUCCUGGAAACUCUUUUAAUCUCAAGGGAUUUUUUAACAUGUCCAUAAUAAAAGAGGAACUCAAGAUCACUGUUGACCAAGCUGGCCCGCCUGGGUGGGGUGACCAUGGAUGGUUUUACAUCACCGUGAGAAUCAGCUUUUUCCUUUGGGUUGCUCUGCUUAAUCUGAUAACGAUCUCCUCAACAUGGGCUAGAGUAAUUGAUGUGAUGGAUAAUGAGGUGAGGUUAGGAUGGUUCUACCCCGCCAUGCCCCGAAAAGUCGUGUUUCACAAUUUUAUUUUUAAUUUUAAAAGAAGAUCCAAAAAAGUUGUGUAAAAUUUAAUUUAUCAGAGAGUAAAAUUUAGUAACAUAAGUAGGCUGGAUGGUUUACAAGAGAUGUACCUUACUACAAUUUAAAAGUUCUCCUCGAUGAAACAUGACUCUUUUAGGGAUAGAGAGUACAUUUUUUAAUUUCCCAUUUUCCACUUCAUACUUUUUUUUUUACUCGAGGAGGCGUCUGGGGGAGGGGGUCUGGGGGGCCUGGAGUAAUCUGGGCUGAAACUCACUCCAUUGAGUUUCGAACCCGAGGCCUCCCAUAUGGGAGAGUGAGUCGGCGACUUGCUGAGCUGGACCGCUUCCUCUUUCCACUUCAUACUUAUGGUUCAAGAUUGUUUGGGUUCAUUGGGGCUGGUGCCACUCUUGGCCAGCUCUUCGGUUCAUUGUUUGCCACAGGAAUGGCUUGGUUAGCACCAUAUUUACUUCUUGUUGCUGCUCUUCUCAUGGAACUUGCUUCACAGUCAUCCAAGGGAAUAAAUAAAUAUAUCUCCCAUCUUCCCGAAGAACAAUCGCCCAUCAGGUUAGUUGAUGUUGAUCAUCCUACUGAUCAAACAGAGGUGACACACAAAAAAUCGUCUCCAGAAUUGUCUUCCUCAACCGGAAAGCCUCAGCAGCUCUGGGCCAUAUUAGAUGGGAUACGGCUUAUAUUGUCAUCAACAUAUUUACAAUGUGUAUCCUUAUUUCUGUGGCUGAGUGCAAUUAUCUCAUCUUUCUUCUACUUUCAGAAAGUGACUGUUAUUGCCAAAACAGUUACAAAUCCCGUGGGAAGAAGGCGAUUAUUUGCUGAGAUCAAUAGUUUGAUUGCUGUUUUUAUCCUUGUAGGACAGCUUACAUUAACGGGACGCAUCCUUAGCAUUGCUGGGAUUACUAUUGCUAUUUGCUCGUCUCCGUUUGUUGCUUGCAUAAAUUUAAUCACAUUAGCUAUAUGGCCCACAUGGAUUCAAGUUGCCAUAUCUGAAACUCUUAGAAAGGUGGUGAAUUAUGUGGUAACUAGGCCUGGACGGGAGCUUCUUUUUACUGUUGUCUCACAGGAAGAGAAGUAUAAAGCAAAGGUAUGCAUAGAUGUAAUUGUUCAAAGGCUGGGAGAUGCAACAGCAGCUGGCAUGUAUAAGCUCCUUUUCAGCACACUCCAUGGCAAAGUCACUACAGUCUCUAUAUGUGCAUUGCCGGUAUGCUUGUUGUGGAUAAUGAUAGCUUUUCAUCUAGGGCGCAGGCAAAAACAACUCUCAAGGCUUCAAACAUUUGCAGCAGUUGAAAUGGCUGGGAGUUAAUUUAUUUUAUUCAUUGAUUACAACUUGUAAGGAAGUUAUUUGUUUUAUAUUUUUAGAGUUUUACCCACACACUUGUCCAAAUUAAAAUCAGAAAUAGAUUCAUCAGCAUAAGAGUAGCAUAUUACUUUGUUUUCUUUAUAGUUUGACACUUAACAGAUAUAGACACAUCUAGUGAGUGUGAACCUAGUUAUCUCUUAUCACAGAAGAGAAGUCAUACGCAAGAAAUUACAUUUUUGUUGUACUCUUGCAGUCG